AGCUAUCAUUUGGUUCAUAUUCUACCUUGAAUGAGAAAAUAAAAAGCUUCUGAAAUAUUAGCAAAAAAGAAAAAAAAAAAUAGUGUAAACAUGCAUGUGAAGAAGAUUGUUCUACUUUUUGUCAUGGUUUCAGCUUUUCUUUUAUCAACUUCAAUGGCAGGUCGACGACCCAAGUUCCUGAACUUGUUGGCUGAGGAAACGGAUGCAAGCUUUGAGGAUAGUGGUGAAGCAACUGCAGUCCAUGAACGGCUGCUUAGAGCAAACACGAGAGACUACGGGAAAUAUGAUCCAUCACCAGCACUUGUCAAGCCUCCUUUUAAGGUUAUAAAUAAUUGAUCAUCAUCAACACAACUUGGCUGCUGGCAUCCUAUCAUAUAUUACUUAAAUAAAUGAACCACUAUAAUUAGGGUUUAUUUUAUGUUAUAUUAUAUGCCAUAUUAUUAUAAACCCUAUGUAUUAGCUUUAUAGUUAGGAUGUUUACUUUCUCAGAUGUGAUCUGGAUUCGAAUCAUACAAAUCGAGUUGUUGUUAUAA